GCCAUUUUAUUUAAUUUGCAGCACAAGUGGAAAUGACGAGAAGAGAAGAAAAACUUCUUUCAACAGCUUAGCUACUCAGAGCUUCCUCCCUUGAAAUCCCUAAUUCCCGCCGCUUAACUUUCCCAGACCCACCACUUAAUUUUCCUUCUUUCCGUCUUCACUUGAAAAAGAUUCAUCCUUUUCUGCCAUGACCACCAGCUUCGCUGCAAACGCAGAGCUUUCUCGAUGCUUUGCUGCCUCCUUCCGGUCUUCCUGUAGCAAACCAACCGCUGCCCAUCAAUGUUCCCGGCUCGAGAUUUUCUCCCUCGGCCAUCCGUCUCCACCUGCGCUUUGUGUCCAACAACUGACAUCGAGAAGAACCGCUGCCUCUGCCCGCGUCUUUUCCAUGUCUCAGACCGAUUCUAGGGAUGCUGGCCUCACUUACAAGGAUGCUGGUGUGGAUAUCGAUGCAGGGUCCGAGCUUGUUAGGAGAAUUUCCAAGAUGGCUCCUGGAAUUGGUGGCUUUGGUGGUCUUUUCCCUCUGGGUGAUUCAUACCUUGUUGCUGGCACGGAUGGCGUGGGAACUAAACUUAAGCUAGCUUUUGAAACUGGAAUCCACGAUACUAUUGGGAUUGAUUUGGUUGCGAUGAGUGUCAAUGAUAUUGUUACUUCCGGAGCAAAGCCAUUAUUUUUUCUUGAUUAUUUUGCUACAAGCCAUCUUGUUGUCGACCUUGCAGAAAAGGUUAUCAAAGGAAUUGUUGAUGGUUGCCAACAAUCAGAAUGCACUCUUUUGGGGGGAGAGACUGCGGAAAUGCCAGACUUUUAUUCAGAGGGUGAAUAUGAUCUCAGUGGCUUUGCGGUUGGUGUAGUAAAAAAGGAUUCAGUUAUUGAUGGAAAAACCAUUGUGCCUGGAGAUGCCCUUAUUGGUCUGCCAUCCAGUGGAGUUCAUUCCAAUGGUUUCUCUCUUGUAAGGAGGGUUUUGGCUCGAAGUGGUCUAAGUCUCAAGGACCAACUUCCUGGUGAGGCACUUACACUCGGUGAAGCUUUGAUGGCCCCCACAGUUAUAUACGUUAAGCAGGUGCUUGACCUUAUUAGCAAAGGAGGGGUAAAGGGAAUAGCCCACAUAACAGGCGGUGGUUUUACCGAUAACAUACCUCGAGUUUUUCCUGAAGGCCUUGGUGCUCUCAUCUACAGAGAUUCUUGGGAAAUUCCAGCUGUGUUCAAGUGGAUCCAACAGGCAGGAAACAUAGAAGAAGCUGAGAUGAGACGGACUUUUAACAUGGGAAUUGGAAUGGUUCUAGUUGUGAGCCAAGAGGCUGCCAAGAGAAUACUAGAGGAGAAAGGUGGAGCUUCCAUGUUAUACCGAAUUGGUGAGGUUGUAAAGGGAGAAGGAGUGAGUUAUCACUAGAAACUGUGCCGUCAGAUUUUCCAUGUUUGUUGAGAUAAGAUGCACGUGUUCGGCUAAUUGUUUUUUUUUUUUUUUAAUACCUCCAGAAAAUAUGCAUUAUAAGUUUAUCAUUAUUCUAAAUUCAGGCCUGGGUUUAAUUUAUAUUAAAUGCCCAAAGCUGAUACUUAAACUAGACUGAUAUGUAACGAUCCCUCAGUUUACUGUAUUUACUUCUUGGGGUGGAUUUACUCUUUCAAAGAUGUGGCAGUUUUCAUGGUA